AUGGCAAACCGCCAGAAAUUCCGUCGGAUUGGCAUCGUCGGUGCCGGGAGCAUGGGAUCGAUGAUGGCUCUCGCAUUCUCAGAGCUGGGCCUUGAUGUCUCUAUAUGGGACGUCAAAGCCGAUAAUGUCGAUCGGCUUCUUGACAAUGCCAAGAAUGUCAAGUCUUUGAAGGGUUCCCUCGAUGGGUUCCACAAGCUGGAAGAUUUCAUUCGAAGCCUCGAUAAAUCUCCGCGGCGACUCUUUCUAUUCUCCAUCACGCAUGGCCCUCCGGCCGAUUCGGUCCUAAACCAGCUACGGGAUCAACUCAAGUCGGGGGACAUCAUCCUAGACGGCGGGAACGAGAACUAUCGUAAUACCGAACGUCGUCAGAAUGAGCUCAAGAGCAAGGGCGUUGCCUGGAUAGGCAUGGGGGUUUCAGGAGGAUAUCAGGCUGCGCGGCACGGACCAAGUCUGUCUCCUGGUGGGGAAGAAGGUAUCAUUAACGAUGUCCUGCCGUUGCUACAGAAGUACUCAGCAAAGGAAUCCAAGACUGGCCGGCCGUGUGUCGCGUACAUUGGACCCCGUGGUAGUGGGCACUACGUGAAGAUGGUGCAUAAUGGGAUCGAGAAUGGCAUGCUCUCGACUUUAUGCGAAGCCUGGGGAUUGCUACACCAAUGCCUUGGUCUCGAGUACGAUGAAAUUGGCAAGAUCUUUGAGAAUUGGAACGCCACUGGGGAGCUGAAGAAUACGUACCUCGUUGAGAUCGGGUCACAAAUCUGUGAACAAAAGAGAGGGCCAGAAAGUGACCAAAAGGGGAAAGGGAACAGGAGGCAGUGCCAUAUGCUUGAUGAGGUCCUCGACAAAGUCGUUCAAGACGACGACGAUACGGAGGGAACCCUGUACUGGAGCGUCAUGGAAGCCGCCGAACGGCACAUCGCUGCGCCGACCAUCGCCACUGGUCACUUCCUCCGUGUUGCUUCUGGUAACCGCGCACAACGGGUGAAAGUGGCCACGAAUCUCAGGAAUGUCCCACGGCCAAGGCAGGUCAAACUGAGCGAAAACGACAAAGCCCGCUUUAUCGAGAGCCUCCGUCUAGCUGUAUACGCCUCGUUUCUCUGUUCCUAUUGUCAAGGGCUUGAGCUCAUCGCCCGCGCCUCUACGGACGAGGACUGGCACGUCAACCUAGAGACGUGUAUCCAGAUCUGGCGUGCUGGCUGCAUCAUACGCGCGGACCACAUUGCUGACAUCCUGGAACCGGCGCUCACCAAUGCCGCAGAGCGCCAUAUCCAUGUCAUGAAUGUGAAGCUCAUAGACGAAGUAGCCGCUGCACUGGCACAUAACUAUCAGAAUCUGAAAGAGGUGGUACUGCGCGCUGGCGAGUGGGACGCUUAUGCGCCGAGUCUGUCAGCGAGCCUGGAGUACGUGAAAUACGAAGCAGGCACGAGCCUGCCGACACAGUUCAUGGAGGCGGAGAUGGACUUGUUCGGGGCUCAUGGAUAUGACAAACCGAAAGUGAAGGGCGAAGAUCCGGGAAAGCCCCAGAAGGGAGCGCAUCACUUUGAGUGGAAGCCAGCCUGA